UCUUAUUCGAUUGUUGAGAUUUUAGGGAAAAAAGAGAUAGAUUCUGAGUUGUUACUGUUAAUGUAGAUGAAAUGCCAGAUCGAACAUUAACAACCAAUUUCUGCAAUUUUUAAUUUGCAUUCAGAUUCUCUUUUCCUUUCUAAUCCUAAACCCUAAUUUUCUUUUUUCACCCUCCAGCGUCGCCGAAAUCCCGAAUUCUGUGUGAAGUACUUCACUCCCGAUUACUCUUUGUUUUUGAUUCUUAUUCGUUGCUUCUUCUUCCACUAUGAAAGAGGGUAAAUCCGUUAACCAUCAACAGCCGCACCAGAACGGUCACCUCUCGCCUUCAAAAUUCGCCAAAUUGUUUGAUCCCGAAGCUUCCUGGGACAAGGAUCAGUUGGGAGACGUUUUGCAUUGGAUUAGACAAGGGCUUGGCCUUGUGUGUGGAUUCCUUUGGGGUUCCAUACCUUUGGUUGGAGGCAUAUGGUUCAUCCUCUUUUUGGCACUAUCCACCGGGAUUAUAUAUAGUUAUUAUGCAGUAAUAUUAAAGGUUGACGAGGAAGAGUUUGGUGGUCAUGGAGCCCUCCUUCAAGAGGGGCUAUUUGCUUCUGUAACUCUUUUCCUGCUUUCCUGGAUUCUAGUUUACAGUUUAGCACACUUCUGAUUGGCUGGGCUUUGAAGAUUUAACAGAGUAGAGAGAUUUACUUGAUUACAUUUGCCCAAAUUGCAGUUAUCUGCUUUACUUCUAUGUAAAAUGUUCUAAUUUUGCAAUGCAUGCAUGAACACUAGCUUCUGCAUCCCAUGGUAAUUGCUGUUUUAGUCAAGCAUUUCUAGUGUGACACAUUGUAUUACAACAAAUUUUGUGGAUUGAACCCUGAAAUAAAGUUGUUUGCAGACAAA